CAGCCGUCACUCCCCCGGGAAGGCGAGGUCGAGCGUGGCGGCCAUGGAGGCAGCGGCCCGGAGACGGCAGCUCCCGGGAGCGGCGGGAGGCCCCGGUGCCGCGUUCAUGCAGGCCAGGCACGGCUCCGUGAAGGCUGAGGAGACAGACCGCACAGCCCCCUUCCACUUUGACCUCUGGCUCUACUUCACACUGCAGAACUGGCUUCUGGACUUCGGCCGCCCCAUUGCCAUGCUGGUGUUCCCGCUCCAGUGGUUCCCUCUCAACAAGCCAAGUGUUGGGGACUACUUCCACAUGGCCUACAAUAUCAUCACGCCCUUCCUUCUGCUCAAGCUUAUCGAGCGGUCCCCCCGCACACUGCCACGGUCUAUAAUCUACGUCAGUAUCAUCACCUUCAUCAUGGGAGCCAGCAUCCACCUGGUGGGCGACUCAGUCAACCACCGCUUGCUCUUCAGUGGGUACCAGCACCACCUGUCAGUCAGAGAGAACCCCAUCAUGAAGAAUCUCAAGCCGGAGACUCUGAUCGACUCCUUUGAGCUUCUCUACUACUAUGACGAGCACCUGGGCCACUGCAUGUGGUACAUUCCCUUCUUCCUCAUCCUCUUCAUGUACUUCAGUGGCUGUUUUACUACCUCCAAGGCCGAGAGCCACAUGCCGGGGCCUGCCCUGCUUCUGGUGGUGCCCAGUGGUCUGUACUACUGGUACCUGGUGACUGAGGGCCAGAUCUUCAUCCUCUUCAUCUUCACCUUCUUUGCUAUGCUGGCUCUCGUCUUGCACCAGAAGCGCAGGCGCCUCUUCCUGGACAGCAACGGCCUCUUCCUCUUCUCUUCCUUCGCCCUCACCCUCUCGCUGGUGGCUCUGUGGGUUGCUUGGCUGUGGAAUGACCCUGUACUCAGAAAGAAGUACCCUGGUGUCAUCUACGUCCCUGAGCCGUGGGCCUUCUACACGCUCCAUGUCAGCAGUCAGCACUGAGGCCUACUGGGGACACCAGGACAUGGUUAUUCAUAAUGGGUGCAUGCACGCACCGAGGUACAUGGGCUGAGCAUUGUGCACAGGCAUUGGCAGAGUACAGUGUUCUGGUCAGGGAUUUUUAUCUUUGUUUCUGUUUUUUGCUUUAGACUUAAGAUGGAAUUGAGUUUGGGGAAGUAUGUAAAGGCCAAAAUCCUGGCCCCUGCCCUCCCCUGCAUAGUCCACUACUAUUAGGGGGUGCCUGGAUAACACCCCUAUCUCUCAAGACUGGGCUGGCCUUAUGGAGAUGUCUUCUGGCAGCUGUGCAGGUUUGUGAGGGCCGGGUGGGACAGUAGCAGGAGACUCUGCUACCCACCUGGCACCUGGCUCACCCUGAAGCUGCCUGCUGGGCCCCAGGUUUCUAGGUCA